CCUAUAUGCAGGGAUGGGUCAAAUGCAGAAGUCAAAUUUCGUGUAUGUGUAUAUGUAUAUGACAAUAAAAUCCUAACUUCCUCUUGUACACGAGAUCCCCCUUUAAAGGGGGCUAGAGGGGGGGCGACAGAGUACACACAUGUGUACAAUUCACUUUUGCGAAACGAAUAAAAAAAAAAAACAUGACUAUAAAAAUUAGUAUUUUCCCCCAACAACAGCAAGAUCCGCAGAUGAAUGAUCCUCAAGGUCCUCAUUUUGAGUCUGUCUGACUCACUCAGUCCAUAUAACUAUCUGUCAUCUUCUACUCUGUUAGUCUUUCUCUUCCGUUUCUCGGAUGGACCAGACAGAGGAUCGUCUUCAGGAACUUUAGCUUGUUCGAUUGGACUAGUUUCAGUUUCCAUGUUGAAGUCGGUGCUGCUUUCAGCAGACUCAUCCCACCAUCUGGCUUUUUUGCAGCUCCUCUCCUCUUCUACUCUGUUAGUCUUUCUCUUCCAUUUCUCGGAUGGACCAGGCAGAGGAUCGUCUUCAGGAACUUUAGCUUGUUCGAUUGGACUAGUUUCAGUUUCCAUGUUGAAGUCGGUGCUGCUUUCAGCAGACUCAUCCCACCAUCUGGCUUUUUUGCAGCUCCUCUCCUCUUCUACUCUGUUAGUCUUUCUCUUCCAUUUCUCGGAUGGACCAGACAGAGGAUCGUCUUCAGGAACUUUAGCUUGUUCGAUUGGACUAGUUUCAGUUUCCAUGUUGAAGUCGGUGCUGCUUUCAGCAGACUCAUCCCACCAUCUGGCUUUUUUGCAGCUCCUCUCCUCUUCUACUCUGUUAGUCAUUCUCUUCCGUUUGUUGGAUGGACCAGGCAGAGGAUCGUCUUCAGGAACUUUAGCUUGUUCGAUUGGACUAGUUUCAGUUUCCAUGUUGAAGUCGGUGCUGCUUUCAGCAGACUCAUCUAACCAUCUGACUUUUUUGCAGCUCCUCUCCUCUUCUACUCUGUUAGUCUUUCUCUUCCAUUUCUCGGAUGGACCAGGCAGAGGAUCGUCUUCAGGAACUUUAGCGUGUUCGAUUGGACUGGUUUCAGUUUCCUCGUCGAAGCCGGUGCUGCUUUCAGCAGACUCAUCCCACCAUCUGAUUUCUUCCCAUUCAUUGGAUGGACCAGCCACUUCCGCAUAUUCGUUAUUGUUAUCAAGAUUGCGAUUGUAAUCGUUGUCAUCUACAUUGUCGUUGUUGAUGCCGUCAUUGUUGUCAAUGUUGACAAUAUUAUUCAUGUUGUCAUUGAAAUCAUAUUGGUUGGCUUCCUCCUCGUUAUCGAUUAGGAGUUCAUUGAUCGCAAUUUGUUCUUCGGCCGUAAGCAUGUCCGGGUAAUAAAACACAUAGGUGUGGGCGUGAUCCGGUACUCCAUCAUUGUUGACAAAUUCCGCCAAGCCCUGGACUCCAACAUAAUUUCGAUCUCCUGUUGGAGUAGGGGGAAAGAUGAAUCCGGGGUCGUGAAUGUUAAGUGUGAUAUGAUUAUCAUCUGCAUUUACAUUUACGUUUUCAGAUCCGUCUCCUAUUUCGUUCAUUUCAACUACUGGUCUGUACUACUACUACUAGAUAGAUAUAGAUAGAUAUAAACUUUAUUCAACCCCAGGGGGAAAUUAGAUGACACAAAUAUACUACCACAAAUAUACAGUUUGUCUCCUAACAAAAAUGUGGGCUUUGAGUGCUGAGCUAUGCUGUUCUGUGUUUUGAUCUGUGAUGUCACAGUUUCCUUGCCUUUAUAACACGUAUGAGUUCUGGAACGGCAUGGUUGAGCUAUGCUGAUCUGUGCUUUGAUCUGUGACGUCACAGUUUCCUUGCCUUUAUGACACGUAUGCGUUCUAGAACGGCAUGGGUGUAGUAUCUUGGAUACUUCCGGUUCAAUGAACCGUCACGUUGUGAUGAUGGCAUUGAUGUGCGCCAGUUAGUGUAAAAUACGAUACAAACAAAGAUGGACGCCCACCGCGCCCUAUGAGACAAACUGGUAUCAUUCGUUUUACUUAGACACUUAAAUGUCUGUAGAAACAGAAUAUUACAUGGUGUCAGAAUAGCUUGGUUUUCACUUCGACCUGACGACGGAAGAUGGAGAACACAGGCGUCCCCACGCCACGGGUGGAUUGGGAUUCAUCUAACCUGCCCGACGCAUGGAGAAAGUUUCGCCAGCAUGUGGAGUUAAUUGUUCUCCGGCCCGCUGAGCGCUAAAGAGGAGGAAUAAAAGUGCAGCUAUCUACUCCUGUGGAUCGGUGAAAAAGGCAGAGAUGUAUAUAAUACAUGGACCCUCACGGCAGAUGAGAGGAAGGUACUCCAAAUGUACUAUGCGAAGUUUGAAGCAUUUGUAACGCCCAAAGCUAACCCCAUUUUCGCGCUAUAUAAAUUCCACGAAAAGAUACAGAAGGAUUGUGAAAAUUUCGACCAGUUUGUGACUGAGCUAAAGCUGCUAGUAAAAGACUGCAACUACCCUAACGGUGAUGAGAUGAUUAGAGACAGGAUCGUUUUCGGUACAAACUCUCCAAGAGUCCGGGAAAAACUACUCUGUCACGGUCCAGAUCUAACGCUCGAGAAAGCGAUCGACAUUGCAGCUCACACGAGCUAUCACAACAGCAGCUAAAGACUAUGGGUUGCCCCGCCGCUAAUACAGCUAGCCAGUCUGUUCAUGCAGUUAGCAGGAAGAGAACACGGUCGCACGGAGCAAUGCCCCGCAAAAGGACGUCAGUGUAACAAAUGCAAAAAGCCCAACCACUUGGCUAAUAUGUGUAGGACAAAAACACAGUAUCAGCCAUCAAAAUACAAGCCCAAGAAAGUCCAUGCUGUUUCAGAAAGCACGGAACAGGCACCAGUGGAUCUGUACAUUGACACUAUGCAAUGGACCGGUGAGACUUCCACUGACCACAGCACGGAGACUUCCUGCAGCAAGUGCAACAUUUUACUGAAAGUAUUCUCAAAUCAAGCCAGAGAGUAACUCCCAUUAGCUCGGCUACAGUGGAGCACUAUAAAGCAGCCAUGUUGCUAAGUGGUGUUGGUGAUGCUCUGGGAUACAGGAACCAGCUCUGGGAGUACAAUGAGUCGGGACCAGCUAUUCAUCAGGAGCUCAAAGAGCUUGGUGGUGUGAAGAACAUCAAGGCCGAGCUCCCUGACUGGCCGGUGAGCGACGACACAGUUCUGCAUCUGGCAACGGCUGAAGGACUGGCCACUGGAAAGGCGGGGGAGGAACUCAUGCAUGAGGUGGCUGCUCGAUAUGUGGAGGGUAUGAAAGACAUGGAUGGGAGGAAACCAGGGCCUUCAAGCAUUUUGGGUGACACAAAGAGUCUCCCAGCUGAAGCCUGGAGAGGAAGGGGGCUACAGAGUGCCCUAGAAUCCAGAGGGGACGGGCUGUGGAGCAGCCAUGAGGUCCAUGUGCAUUGGUCUCAGGUAGGACGGUUGUUCCAUCACGUACCCAGCACAUAAGUCUCGAGUACCCAUUUUUUAGGUGUUCUUGUAUACGAAAAACUAUCUACACCUGUGAUUAUUGUGGCCAAAAGAAUUAACGAUAAAAACAUUAUUGCAAUAUCCUGAAAUAUAAUCAUAAUAAUGCUGUCAGUGAAAUAAUGCUGUCAGUGAAAUUCAUAUUUCAACCAUAACUGUUCGUAUAAAAUAAAUGAAGAGGCGCUCGAUUAUUUACACAAUAUUAUCAUAUGUGUAUUAUUAAUAUGUCCAUUUAUAAAUGUCUAGUGUAUAUAUUGCAACAUGUGGGACAAUAGUAAACAGCUCAGAUCCCUGUCACUGUUUACAAUUUUUAAUAAAAUCAUUUUUUAAUCACUUAAGUUUAUUUGAUUUGAUUGUUUUAAUCAAAACUGGAGUAGACCCAUGAGAGCAUUUUAGGCUUUUUCCCAUGCAUAUUCUUUUAUUAUUUAUGUUAUUGUUAUUUUUGAUGUGCUAUUAAAUUAUUCAAUCAAUCAAAAUCCUUAGAAUAUAAAUACAAUAACAGUCUUAUCCUUAUGCAUUCCAGUUUCAAUGUUCUCUCCUCCAUGGUUAUUAUUUUUUAAUUGUCAAUUAUAUUGCGGUAUUGCCUUCUCGAGCAGGUAGAGGGCAACUUGAUGACUAAGCGAGGGAAAAGGAGAUAUGUUCAAUUCAUAUCUUUUAAAUGGCAGCUGAUCCAGCAAAUCUAAGCACCUCUCUGUUGUCUUUGGACUUUCAUUUGUCUCCUGAAAUCUGUAGGGUGUAGUUUUAGUUUGGGACAUACUUGAUAUUUUUAGUAAUAUGCAAGGACAUUUUAUUCAUGAAGCAAAUUUAUUAAUAAGUAAACUCAGUGUGUGUUACAUCAAAAGGCACGUGUAAAACACCCUUCCACCCAAAAAAAGCAAAGAACCCGGAUACAGACACAGACAGUAACUACAGUUUUAUGUUUGGGGUUAGGGAGCAUUACAGUAGCCCUCCUUGGUAGUUGGUAACAUGAACUACAUUUACUAUGACUUGUUUCGACAUACUAUACUAUGUCGAAACAAGUAGUUUCGACAUACUAUACUAUGUCGAAACAAGUAGUUUCUUAAAAGAAAUGGCUUGAUAUAUAAAUCCUCCCAAUUAUUGAUUUGUUUUUAAAGUGAGAAAGAGUUACUGACAUGACUUUCAAAGUUAAGGUCAGAGUCCAAAAUAACUCCUGACUUACUGUCUCUGAAAUACGAUGAGUAAGUGUGAAUACAUUUCCUCACUCUGGUUUUUGGGAUCUACAAUGAUCUGAUGAUUAUUUUCAAUCGAUUGAUCUUCUGAUUAUUUGAUCUAUUUCUUUAUUUUUUAUUUAUUUAUUUAUU